GAUCCAGAGAGAGACAGAGAGAGAGAGUCGUCUGCCUCCUCUCUUUCUCCAUUACAGUUAGGAUCAGAGUUGCGAUCUUUCUUCACGCCAUCCAUCGAUCGAUCAAUUUACUCAGUUCCUAGAAUCGGAUCGCGCGGCAGCCAUCAGGAGGGGUGGACGCUAGUGGCGAGAUCGUAAACGGAGAGAGGCUUACCACCUGUCGUUUGUUACAAGAAACAGGAAAAGCAUCAGCAGUAGGAAUGUCGGAGGGUACUACCGGCUUUCAGCUUGGCGUGAUCGGGUCGCUGGCUCUCUCUGUUGCAUCUUCCGUUUCAAUCGUCAUAUGCAACAAAGCUCUCAUCAGCUCGCUUGGCUUCCCUUUUGCCUCGACCCUGACAAGCUGGCAUCUAAUGAUGACCUUCUGCACGCUGCAUGUGGCGCAGCGUUUCCACUUCUUCGACCCAAAAUCUAUCGACGCAAGGACCGUUGUCCUCUUUGGGCUUCUCAAUGGCACGUCCAUUGGCUUCCUCAACCUUAGCCUUGGUUUCAACUCCAUUGGAUUCUAUCAGAUGACGAAGCUUGCCAUCAUACCUUUCACGGUGCUGCUGGAGACCGUCUUCCUGAAGAAAAAUUUCAGCAAGGGUAUCAAGCUCUCUCUGCUUGUGUUGCUCAUUGGAGUUGGCAUUGCAUCUGUUACGGAUCUGAAGCUAAAUCUACUUGGCUCCAUUCUCUCUGGUCUUGCUAUUGCUACUACAUGCGUUGGCCAAAUUAUGACGAACACAAUUCAGAGGAGGUUGAAAGUUUCGUCUACACAGCUUCUAUACCAAUCAUCACCGUAUCAGGCGGCUAUACUAUUUGUUGCCGGCCCAUUUGUGGACCAGUUGCUCACCAAGCGAAGUGUGUUUGCCUAUAGCUACUCCCUUCUGGUUCUGGGAUUUAUCAUCCUAUCCUGUUUGAUCGCGGUGUCCGUGAACUUCAGCACAUUUCUGGUUAUUGGGACAACAUCACCGGUGACAUAUCAAGUUCUUGGCCACCUCAAGACAUGCCUUGUUCUUUCAUUUGGCUACAUUAUAUUGCAUGACCCUUUCACUUCCAGGAACAUUAUGGGAAUCCUGGUUGCCAUGUUUGGAAUGGGUCUUUAUUCAUACUUUUCUGUGAAAGAGAGCAAGAAAAAAUCAGCAAAUGACGUUUUGCCCAUUUCCCAGAUGACACACAAGGAGACGACGCCACUCUUGACAACCAGAACCAAUGACAAGGAUGGCAACGAGAGCAAGAAAGUGAAUGGAGUACCUACAGCUGCCAAGGACUCCGAGUAGCACAGGUCAUCCAAAGCGAUUAACAAGAAUAGGCUUAUAUUGUUCUACUGUAAAAGGCGAUCGAGCUGAGCAUUAUAGUUGAUUCAUUUAGAGAAAGUAUAAAUCUCUCUUGUUAUUGCCCAUAUAUUAUAAAAUAAAAGUGAUUUUGUUA